CGCAUAUGUGCACCAAUGGUUAGAUAUUCAAAGCUGUCUUUUAGAACUCUCGUCAGAAGAUAUGGUUGUGACUUGGCAUACACUCCGAUGAUAGUCUCUGAUUCUUUUGUAAAAUCAGUGAAAGCCAGGGACAUGGAAUUUACCACUAAUCCAGCUGAUCGCCCCUUGAUAGUUCAGUUUGCAGCAAGCAACCCAAAGGAUUUUGCUGAUGCUGCUGAAAUUAUAGCACCGUUUUCUGAUGGUGUUGAUCUCAAUUGUGGCUGCCCUCAAAGGUGGGCCAUGCAAGAGGGAUAUGGUGCAAAACUGAUCAGAACACCAGGGUUAAUAAAAGACAUUGUGAGGCAGACUGUGGCACGAGUUCCUGGAUUCCCUGUGUCAAUCAAAAUUAGAAUCCAUGAUGAUUUAAGUAAAACAGUGCAGCUCUGUCAGCAAGCUGAAAAGGCAGGGGUGGCAUGGAUAACAGUUCAUGGAAGAACAACAAGACAGAGAGGGGAACCAGCAAACUGGGAGGCAAUAAAAGUGAAGAGUGUUCAGUGAGCUUAAAAGUCUACCUGCAGUUUUGGAAUAUCUUCGAGUAAAUUACAAUAUCUAAAGCAGGAAAGUGGUGUAAAAAGUUUACUGCAAGUCUGUUUGGGAAUACCCUGAGUUUAACUGUUGGAUUAUCAGUGGAAAAGGAAGCAAAAGCAAGCAAGGAUCUGAUCAUCAUCAGUGGAAGGCAUGACAUGAUGCUGCUAAAGAUGAAGUUACAUUUUCUGCUUAGCAAUAAAUGUUGUAUCAAAGUAAGGGUUUCAAAUCAAAGGCCAGUUAGCAAAGGUCUACUGGCAAUAAAUGUUGGCUCAGAGUUAGGGGUUUCAAAUAAAGGCUGGUUAGCAAAGGUCUACCACUGCCUGAAGACCUCCUACUGCGAUCUAUUUAGCCUACAAACAGGCUCUAGCAUUCACCUUACAUCCCCUUUUCGGACACAACCACCCAAUUACACCCUUGGCAGUUGCCUAAGUAUGUAAAAAGUUAUGGAGACCCUGCAAAGUGUCAGAGAAGACUAUAUUCCAUCAUGCCUCAAGACAUCAAGCAAUAGUAAUGCUGAAGUGACUUCACAAGCAAACAUCUAACACCAAAUUCUCCUAACUAAUUUACAAGGAAAUGUGUAGCACCUAGAGGGGAGAAUUAUCAAUCACAUUCAAGUUUCAGUGUUUUACCCAAGAACUUCUUGACCCUUAAUCCAGUGUGCCAACUACUUCAGAAGCUGCUUAAGAAGGUUUAUGAACAAAUAAAAUCCAUAGAUUCAGACAUGAUUAUCCUUUUAUUUACUCGACUCAAAUUUUUUUAGAAAGAUGGAUGAAUAUCAAAGCAAUAAAUACAAUACUUUUUGGAAAA